CUAGCUUCACGUUCGUCUGGCUGCACUUGUGCCAGUUGCUGUUGACAGGAGGACACCAGAGCUGGAGUCCCCAAUUUAGGCGUUAGAUCGUCCAUGGCUCAUAGCUCUGAGCGACCAGGGCGAAUACUAUCUCAUAUCUAGCAAACCAUGCUCUGCUGUGACUCGCUGGGGCUAACACGUGACGUGAGAGUGAACAUAACAGUUUGACUGUGGCAAGACAUGCCAUAAAGCUGCAGACAGCUAAUGUUAGCUAGCUGUCUUAACCCGCUGGGCUCACCUACUGCAACAGAUAAUCGGAUACCCGGUUGGUGUGGUUAGCCAACGGACAGAACAACAAUGUUGUGUUGGGGCAAUGCUUCCUAUGGGCAAUUGGGUUUGGGUGGGAUUGACGAAGAGAUAGUCAUAGAGCCUCGUAAAUGUGACUUCUUUCACGGGAAGCAGGUGUGUGACGUGGGCUGCGGCCGAAGACACACCACUGUUUUGCUGGAAGAUGGGACUGUUUACACAUUUGGCUGCAAUGACCUGGGUCAGCUAGGACACGAUAAGUCGCGAAAAAAGCCAGAACAGGUAGUUGCCUUGGAUGCGCAGAACAUUGUGGCUGUGUCCUGUGGAGAAUCCCACACGCUUGCAUUGAAUGACAAGGCACAGGUGUUCUCCUGGGGUCUGGGCUCUGAUGGGCAACUGGGGCUUAAUAACUUUGAAGAAUGUGUCCGUGUGCCAAGAAACAUCAAGAGUUUAUCAGAUGUACAAAUCACUCAGGUAGCCUGUGGAUACUGGCAUUCCCACGCUCUUUCAAAAGCCGGCCAAGUCUUUUCCUGGGGUCAGAAUCGAUAUGGACAGCUGGGGCUUGGAACGGACAGGCAAGGCCUUCCCACACCCCAACACGUGCAGUCUUUACAGGGCAUUCCCUUUUCCCAGGUCACGGCAGGAGGCGCUCACAGCUUUGCCCUAACCCAGUCGGGAGCAGUGUUCGGUUGGGGCCGCAACAAGUUCGGACAACUGGGCCUCAACGAUAACAACGAUCGACACAGCCCGACCUUGCUGAAGUCCCUGAGAUCUCAGAGGGUGAUAUACGUGUGCUGUGGAGAGGACCACACGGCCGCGCUGACCAAGGAAGGAGGUGUGUUUACGUUUGGAGCAGGCGGUUAUGGACAGCUCGGACACAAUUCCACGAAUCAUGAGAUCAACCCCAGGAAAGUGUUUGAGCUGAUGGGAAAUGAAGUCACACAGAUUGCAUGUGGAAGGCAACACACCCUGGCGUUCAUUCCCUCCACUGGGAAGAUGGACUCAUUCGGGCUGGGAGGGAACGGGCAGCUCGGGACCCGCUCCACCUGCAACAGGAAAAGCCCCGCACCGGUGAAGGGCUCCUGGGCCGACACGAACGGCCCCGUCACCACAGAUGAAGGCACAAAGCAGGCCUACUGCGUGAAGAGGAUCUAUGCAGGCGGUGACCAGAGCUUCGCUCACUACGACUCUGCUGAUUUGUACAACAAUUUUACAGUUGACCGCAAGAGCCCAGACAAUGGGAGGAUAAAGAAUGGGAGUACGACAAUUUGCACACUGACUCCUCAGCUAAUAGACAAAUGGCUGAGCCCGUCACCUGGAAGACUCCCUCAGGAAACCUCCAAUGAAAUCGACCUGGUGUUCUCCUCAGCAAGUUGCCUCAAUGGAUCCUUUUUGGCUGCAAGCCAUCCAGACCACUACACCACCAGCAGUAAAUGUUCUGGGGUGGAUAUGAACAUGGCCCGGCUCAUGUACCACAAACUGAUCCAGCCAGACCACCCGGAGGUAGCUCAACAGGUCGCAGCGAGUCUGGAGAAGAACCUGAUCCCCCGGCUGGGCUGCUCUCCCCCGGACAUCGAGGCCCUGAGGCUCUACCUGAGCCUGCCCGAGUGCCCUCUCUUCAGGGACCCCAGCACCUACGUCACCCUGGCCAUCCCCUUCGCCAAGGCCCUCGUCAGCCUGAAGGACGCACCGCUGAAGGUCCUGGGGAGAUGGUGGUCGACCUUGGACCCCACGGUCUUCCAGAGGCUGGUGGGGCUGUACAAGGAGGUGGUGGUGUACCUGCUGAAGAUGCACAAGGUGGGGAUCCCCCAGGCGGAGCAGAGGAUCUUCACCUGCUUCCUGCACACGUCCCUCCGGCUCCUGGAGAUCCUGCACGCGGUCAGCGAGAGGGCGGGACACAUCAUCCAGUAUGAUAAGUUCUACAUCCACGAGUUGGACGACUUGAUAGACAUCAGGAACGACUAUGUCACGUGGAUCCAGCAGCAGAUGUUUCCCCAGGGCCACGAGGGCUCGGUCACCCUGUGCAGAUAUCCUUUUGUGUUCGACGCCCAGGCCAAGACCACCCUGCUUCAGACCGACGCCGUCAUACAAAUGCAGAUGGCAGUCGACCAGGCCCAGAGGCAGAACUACAGCUCCAUGUUCCUGCCCGUGGUGGAGUCGGUGAACCCCUGCCUCAUCCUCAUCGUUCGGAGGGAGAACAUCGUGGAGGACACAAUGGAGGUUCUGCGGAAGUCCAAGAACGUGGACUACAAGAAGCCCCUGAAGGUCAUCUUCGUGGGAGAGGAGGCAGUCGACGCGGGAGGCGUAAGGAAAGAGUUCUUCCUCCUCAUCAUGAGGGAACUGCUGGACCCCAAGUACGGGAUGUUCCGUUACCACGAGGAGUCCCGGCUCAUUUGGUUCUCGAAUAAGACGUUCGAGGACAUCGACCUGUUCCAUCUCAUCGGAGUCGUCUGCGGCCUGGCCAUCUACAACCUGACUAUCGUGGAGCUCAGUUUCCCCGUGGCCCUUUACAAGAAGCUGCUGAAGAGGAACCCAACACUGGACGACCUGAAGGAGAUGAUGCCGGAUGUGGGAAGGAGUCUGCAGCAUCUCCUAGACUACACAGAAGAUGACCUUGAGGAUACGUUCUGUCUAAACUUCACUGUCACAGAGGAAAACUUUGGGGCAACUGAAGUAUUGGAACUCGUGCCCAACGGGGACGAUAUCAAUGUUAAUAAAUCAAACAGGCAGGAUUUUGUCCAGGCGUAUGUGGACUACGUGUUCAACCGCUCCGUGGCCCCGCUGUUUGAGUCCUUCCACGCAGGGUUCCACAAAGUGUGUGGUGGGAAGGUUCUGGAGCUGUUCCAGCCCAAUGAACUGCAGGCCAUGGUCAUUGGCAACACCAACUAUGACUGGAAGGAACUUGAAAGGACGACUGAAUACAAAGGCGAAUACUGGGCUGAACACCCUACCAUCAAGUUUUUUUGGGAUGUAUUCCACAAUCUACCUUUGGAAAAGAAGAAACAGUUUUUAUUAUUUCUCACGGGAAGUGACCGCAUACCCAUUCUGGGGAUGAAGAGCCUGAAGCUGGUGAUCCAGCCUACUGGUGGAGGACAGCUUUACUUGCCCGUCGCACACACCUGCUUUAACCUGCUGGACUUGCCCAAGUACCCCAGCAUGGAGAGCCUCCGCGACAAGCUCCUUCAGGCCAUCGAUCACAACCAAGGCUUCAACCUCGCCUGAGGAAGGACAACGCUUUAGCAUCCAGGGCCUGCUCGGACCUUGGUCUUGGGCUGUCCCCUGCUGUCCAAGGAAAACAUUGCAGGGGGAAGCACAUUAACUCACUAUAUGCUUAUGAGAGGAAACUUUCAAAUGAAGCUUAAAUUGCAUAGUAUUAUGCAAUAGUGCAGGUAUUUGCUUUUUUUUUCUUCUUUUUUUUUUCACCCCUGCAGUAUUUUCAUGCUUGCCUAAAUUGAGUUUUUAGCAACGAUACAUACUUUGAUAAAUUCAUUGUAGAUAUACUUUUAUUCACAUGUGGAUAAGAAUAGUUUGAUGACGUUGGUAUAUACUUCGACACAGAGGCGCUCUUUUUAGGUAUGACAUAAACCCUACUGUGACGAUUGUUCCCCACAGUGUGGUCAUGUAUACUUAAUACUUAUGCUUGCUGGAUUUUCUUGGCUAUAAGACUUAAUUAAACAAGCCACAAAUAAUAGUGUGGCCAUGGAAAUGUAGGGUUUUGGGGGAUUAUUUGAAACUGCUAAGAAUGCAUUGCUUUAUCACUACUUACCACUGCCAUCAGUUAAUUAUUACGUUGUCAUAAUAUUCCUCAUCAGCCAGAUGAUGUGAAGUACAGUGUUAAAGAGGCACACCAUUAAAAGGUAUGCUCAUGUGCUCCCAACAACUUAUAA